AUCCUAUGGAGAGUCCCGAAGAGGGGAGUGUGGGCGUGGCUCCCCAGGAAUUCCGGGAGCUGGUCCUCCUGGAAAGCAGCCUUCUGGAGGGAGAGGCUCCAACACAGGCACCCGAGCAGAGCUCAGGUGCUCCUGCUGGGGACAAUCAGAUGGUGAAGCCUCUGGUAAUAGGUGGUCCUGUGGAGGACUGGGUACCCCUUCCAGAGGUGCUACUUCACCCUGACACGUGUGAGGAGGGGGACGAGGUUGCUAAGGGGGAGUUGAAAGUCACAGAGGUGGUGGAUGUCAAGAAUGAGAGUCAAGAGGUAAAGGAGCACAAGCAGGAAGGUGAAGAAGAUCAGCAACCUGAAUUGGAAAAGGACCCAGAGCAGGCCUGUGAUUCUAAAGAUCAGCAUGGGAUACAAAGGCUGCCACAGUCAGGUGGUGGGACUGCAGAACGCAGAUCUAAAAUGGAGGAGCUGGAACUUCUUCAACUGGAGCUCAGCUUUGUGAAUUCCCGCUGUAGUGGAGCUUUUGCCCGGAUUAAAGCAAAGGUGGCCAAAAUGCGCAAACCUCACUUUGAGCGCAGAAAGACCAUAAUCCAGGGCAUCCCAGGCUUCUGGGCUAAAGCUAUGAUGAACCAUCCCCAGAUGUCAUCUAUCAUUAGCAAUCAAGAUGAAGACUUAUUGAGCUACAUGUUGAGCUUGGAGGUGGAGGAGUACAACCCUGGGCUGAGGAUGUGCAGAAUGAUGUUUUUCUUUAGUGAAAACCCAUACUUCCGAAAUGAUGUUGUCACUAAGGACUAUCAACUCAGCAUCAUUGGAUACAAAGAAUCAGAUUCCAGUACAAUAGAGUGGAUUGGACAGGCUGAGCAUGGUUAUGCCAACUGCAUGCAAGACACUACCAGACUCACUUUCUUCAACUGGUUGUGUGCACACAAAUUCCCUGGCUCCAACAGGAUUGCUGAGAUAAUCAUGGAUGACCUGUGGCCAAAUCCUCUUUACUAUUACCCUAAGGAAGACCACUCAUGAAGGAAGAAUUAGGACCUUGCCAGGAUACAGAGCAGAGCAUUUCUGACUGUGUAACAUUAAU